AUGGCCUCUACUUCUGCAUCUACUUUCGCCGGGAGUAAAAGAAAGACUGAGGACAUGGGAGCUUUUGACGGAUUUGCACCAUCUGCAUCUACUUGUGCCUCAAAACUCAUCAAAAGACCGUCGUACAAUGUAUUCAUCAAUCAUCGUGGUCCAGAUGUCAAACACACCUUAGCUAGCGUUCUCUACGGUAUCCUCACUGCUAUGGCACUCUCUGUUUUUUUGGAUUCAGAGGAAUUGGAAUAUGGCGAUUUCUUGCCCCGAACGAUAGAAGCAGCAAUGGCCAGCGCUUUGCUUCAUAUUGCUAUUUUCUCCAAGGGCUAUGCUGAAUCGCCCUGGUGCUUGGCGGAACUAUACAUAGCUCAAGGGAAAGGAGUGUAUGUUGACGCUUUCAAGAAGCAUGAACAGAAGGGUAGAUACAAACUGGAACAGCUUCAGGAGUGGAAGGAGGCUCUCUACAAAGUCUCGUUUUACACUGGCCAAAUCAUUAAAACUAAUGACGAUGAGAAGAGACUGCUGAAAAAUAUUGUGAAUUGUGCCUUGAAAGUAAUAAAAGAUGUGCCAUUACUGGUUGCAAAACAUCCAGUAGGAAUUUGGGGAAUGGGUGGUUCCGGAAAAACGACACUUGCCAAAGAGUUAUACAAUAAGAGAUCCUCAUCCAUGGACAGGUCCAGUUUUAUUUUUGAUGUAAGAGAUAGUGCAGCCAAAGGCUUGUUGCAUAACAAGCAGAUUCAACUCCUCAAAGGCCUGGGUGUCCAAAAUGAAACAUUUGAUAGUAUAGAGCAAGGUAAGGCAAUUCUUACUAGGCAUUUGAGAUCAGUUAGGGUGCUCUUUGUUUUUGAUGAUGUGGAUCACAAGGAUCAAUUGGAUGCUCUUUUGCCUGCUAAAGACAAACUUCGAGAAGUAUUUGGCGGACAGUUAUAUGGAGAGUCUCGUAAGGAAUAUUGGGAAUCUCUCUUGCAUAAGAUCUCAAGAAUAUUGUCUGAUGAUAUCAAAAAUAUACUCAAAGUAAGUUAUGAUGCCCUUGAUUUUGAAGAGAAAGAGGUGUUCUUAGAUACUGCUUGUUUCUUUAUUGGAGAGGAAAACAAUCUGGCAAUUGAAAUAUGGAAUGGUUCAGGAUGGAGUGGCCUGUACAUCUGGGAAAGACUCAGAAAUAAAUGUUUAGUUGAAUUGGAUAAAGAAAAUUGUAUAACAAUGCAUGACCACUUAAGAGAUCUGGGAAGAGAAAUUGCAAAUCAAAAUUCACUCGGACGAGUUUGGUCAGCCCAACUGAUUAUUAAUGCUGAUAAACAAACAAAGAAAAGAAAUGACAUUCGAGGGAUCAUGGCAGAACUGAAGGAUAGUUUCUGGCAUUAUUCGGACAAACCCAUUGUUAAUAUAUAUGGAGGAGUUUUGUCACUUACACCAUCUUUAGGUGGACUAGAGAUUUUUGUGAUUGUAAGAGAUUAUUUUAAUCAGAUAUUUGACGAAAUAUCAAGAGAGCUGAUCUGGCUUCGCUGGUUCGAAAUUAGACAGAGAAAUCUUCCCUCAAAGCUUUCAUUGAAAAAUUUGAGGGUUUUAGAACUCUAUGAAAACGAGUAA